AUACAGUUUUCAAGUUCAAAACCAUAACAUCGGUCUGCCGAGCAAUAUACUGAUGUCCUUGCUGCUGCCCUUAUGAAAUAUCCCUUAAUCCGCUAAACUAAUUUUGAUGCAAGUAAUAUUCUUUUUAUGAAAGAAAUGGCAAUAGGAAAUAAGGCAGAUUGUAUGAGAGAGAGAAAGAGAGAGAGAGACAUCACCAGCUGAUUUGCGACUGCGAGUUGUGAGUUGCAACUUCGCGUCGGCGACUGCGAGAAGCCGAAGGACGGAGUCUGGUUCAAGUUGCAGGGCCUGCAGGCAGUGUGGAAAGCCAAAUUUGGGUUUGCAGGAUGGCGUAUUGUUCGUGGUUCAAAGAAGAGAUUUACAGGGACCAUUUUGAGCCAGGUGUGUACGUUUGUGUAGAGUGCAGUAAUGAACUCUUCUCCAGCCGAACUAAGUAUGAGCACGGCACCCCAUGGCCUGCCUUUACACACCCCAUCCAUACCAAAUCCCUGACUAAAGUACAAGAAGAAAACCGUCCAGGAGCUCUGAAGGUUUCUUGUGGUCAAUGUGGUGUUGGAUUAGGUCAUGAAUUCUUGAAGGAUGGCCCAGACGGUCAGAUGUCACGCUUUUGAAUAUUCUCACACUCCCUCAAGUUUGUACCAAAACAAGAGGGAGUGGAGUCUUCAGUGCAUAGUCCUGCACAAAUCACGAAUCACUAAUGGUGAGAGGCUUGAAAUAAUUGGUCACCUGUCCCAGAAUCUGGCAAGCCCAAAAAUGUCUCUUCUUCAUCAUUGGCAAAUCCCAACUGUGCUUUUAUCAUGCUGAUAGAAAACUCUUCCUCUCCCUACUCUGCCAGAGGUUCUAUGGGAACAGCCUCUCCAAUAUCACCCACCACAUCCACAUUUUUGAAGCCUGUGGUAACAAAUGUGGGAUCCACACCCUUGCAGCAUUCACAGUAGUGUCAAGCUGACCAUUGAUGUCAACAAAUGCACCUUGCAACUUUUUUGGGUUAAUUGGAUGGUUACUGAUCACCAGGCCUUUGAGAUAUCUCAGGGACAUCAUCAGUGACCUCAAGGGCAGUGAUCAGGUGUCUAGGGUGCCAACUGUCUGUAAGGUGCUGCAGGGUGACACUGACUAUGGAGGUUGCUUUCAUGACAGCUCGCCAACAGUCGCCAUAUGGCAACAUCUUCGCACCUACAGGGACAGCAAGGGUGUCUCUUGUGGGUGAAGUUGAGUGACAUGGGUUAGGGUAAUAGAGAGGGUGUUGGAGGUCAGCAGGACUCUCCAGAUCACCUCCUAUGACCUUCUUGACACAACCCAAUGUACUGACCUGUUGCAGGAAGAAGACACUAAAAAUGUGCCUCUUGAGUCAAGCACAAUGGAAAUGAGAGGACUUUUGUGACCUGUCAACUCCCUGUCCUGCCCUGACUCCAUAUCAUGAACGUGUAUCGUUAUGUCACUCCCAGCAUAGGUCACAGUCUUGCCCUCACUACUCACCAGUGUGCAUGACCUACCCUCCAGGGUGAAUGCCUGCACCAAAUAGUUGUCGUCGGCCACCAGGAAGUUGCUCUCCCUAUAGGCCACAACGGAUGUCAGCCACCAUGUAUGUCCUGCAGUUGUCAUCAUCCUGCCUUUCAAACACCCACACCUCUCCAAUGUGCCGCAGGACAAACCAUAACUACUGUAGCAAAGGUUGGUGUGUUGCUCAAAAUGCAUGUGUCACUCUGCAGGCUCUAUACAGAUAGUCUAUAGGCACUAGUGGACUCUAUAAAGCACAGUGUAGCUAUCAUCUUCCUCCCAACAGCUGUGGCAGUCCUUCAAAAACACUUCCUAGCAAAAUGGAUUGUCAGCUUGUCUAGAGGAACAUACAGUAUUUAAUGCAAAUCUUAUGGAAAACAUGCAUAAGUUUUGCAGUGUCUAACCAUAUUAUAAGUGAAAUGGUUGUGAAAAAAAAUCCUCAAAAUUUUUCUUCAUUAACAUUGUCUUAUAGGGUAGCAAGCUAGGUAAUAUUUACUGCUUUAUUUUUUUUUGUGUGGAGACUAUUCCAGUUGCUGAUUAAAAAGGCGCGCACACACACACACACACACACACACACACACACACACACACACACACACACACACACACACACACACACUUGUGUUUGUAAUAAUCUUGCUGAUAAUGAGUUGUGUGUCAAUGUGUAAUGAAGGGAUAAGGAUAAAUCUAGCAUUUAGACCCUUAUUGUGGAAAUGACCAUUGAGACAUGUCUUAUUGCAAAUGAUUGUUGUGAGAAGAGCAAUAAUGAGAUAGAGAAGAAUCCUAGUUAUCUUCCAUAGAUGAAUGAGUUUAUAGUUCAUUGAAGUUUUGUGUUAUUGUUAUUUGUUAAUGUUGUUUGACAUGAAUACAUAGCUAAUACUAAGCUUACUGACUGUGAUUUGCUCAUGCCUGAAUGGCUUCACUAUUUAUUGUUAUGGAAAACUUUGCAAUCCAACAAGUAACUAUACCGAGUUGCAUGCGCAUAAAGACCGAGGCUGAGACCCAGAUUUAAGACUUCUUAAGAGAUAUAUAAGACCAAGAUUAAGACACAUCCAGUAAUAUGAGAUGCACUGGGUUCCUUUGGGGCAAAAAUGAACACUUUUCUGUCUAAAUAGUCAUGAUUUUUUUCUUUUGUUUUCUUAUGUAGUACGCAUGCAACCAGUGCACAUCACCUCAUGCAGUCUCCAGAGACAAGGCAGAUGUACAUUGAAACUAAAAUUAAAUGAAAGUC